ACGUAUUAACAACAAACUUAUUGCGCGUGAACGUGUCCACUCUUUACAUAACGUCCAUUUAUAGGUCACAAAAAGUUAAUCAGUAAAGUGGAUUAUGGAUUUUUCUGAGAGCAGCUCAGAGCGAAGCAGCACGGCUCGACGCGCGGAUGUUUCGCGUCCAGUCUCGAGGAGAGGCUUUCGAGAAUAUACCAAUAGCGGAUCGGCACUUUCAAGAAGUGGCACUAUGAGGCCUACCUCUGCCUAUCGAGGUAGCACCGCCUCUCGUAUGUCAACAGCAGGUUUUGGGCCAGCUCCGUCUACGGCAAGUCGACAACCUACUGCUGUUACAGGGUUCUCUAUGAUCGAUAGACCAAUAACUCAGCAAGGUAUCUCCGGACUUCGAACAAGCACUGUCCGAGGUUUCCGUACCCGACAAUUGCACGAUAAACGUUAUUGGGAAGAACAGAUGCAAGUUAAGGUCCGUGAGAUGAAGGCGGAAAUUGCGAGACUCACUGAACAAGCGGAUGCUGGAGAAAGGGAAAAGUCUGCGAAGAAGCACUAUGAGAAGAGAGUUAGAGAAUUGGCACAGGAAUUGACUGAUCUACAAGGACGUUUAGCUGAUUACAACACAGCAAUUCGCAUCGCCAAUGGCGAGGCUACAAAACAAGCUGUCGAAGAGCAAACAAGAGAACUAGAUCUUAAUAAUAAGAAAUUACAACAGGAAGUAGAACUAGUUUUCUUGGAAAAACAGAGGAAAGAGAAUCAGUUGCGACAACUUAAAGAACAAAUGGAGAAGGAACAGUCAUCAAUUUCAAAUCUACUAUCGGAAAUGACAUCAGAACAAAAAGAACAAUACAACGAACUGGAAGCAAACGCUGCUCUUUUACGGGAAGAGGUUGACCAAGCCAGAAUACAAAUUGAUCACCUCAGUAGAGAGAAAGAGGAAUUUGCUAAGGAGAUAUCUGGUUCACAGAUUAAAAUGCAUUUGUUAGAGUUACAUAAGAAACUUGCAGCAGCAGAAGAAAAGCGUGAUAAUUUAAAGGACGAAAUAAACAAUCGAUUGGAUCCACAAGAGGAAAGAGAGAAGUUGUUAUUACAAGUUCGUGAAGAUAAUGCAGCGAUUGCUUCUUUGGAUAGCAACGCCAACAACAUAAAGGAACAAAUUCGUAUGAUUCAGGAAUUAAUCGAACAAGCCGAGCAGGAUCUCGAAGAAGGCAAUUCAGAACGCCAUCAAAAGUACAGAGAACUAAAGAAGCGUGAGGAAACUAUGGAUACUUUUAUGUCGACUUAUGAAGAAAACCUAAAAAAGGAACAGGAGAAAAUUGAACAGUUGGAGAAAGACAUUGUCUUUGCUCUAGAACAUAGCAGUUCCAAUAUAGACUUGGAUUUAAGCGAAAUAGACUCAUUGAAACAGAAAGAAGGGUUUUCGGUUUACGAUGAUAGCAAGAAAUCUGUCGAAACUCUAACUAAGGAUUACGAAAGAUUCCUAGCUAAUCUGAAGAAGGCUGAAGCAACGCGCGAACGUUUGGCUACUGAGCUUCAGACCCUUCCAGAAAAAACAAAUGUAAUGAAGGAAGAGCUGAUUACUUUAUCGGAUUUGGAAAAACUACGUGAUGAAGGUGAAGAACAAAAAAAGAAUUUAGAGAGUGAAUUGAAGAUGUUAAAAGAAAAACUAGUGCCGACAGAAAGUGCAGUUGUAGAAGCAGCUAACAAGCUUAAGAGAUUGCAGGAGUCACUUGAUGGUAAUGAAAUGUACGCAAAGUUGAAUAGUUUGGAAGAUCAACUUGCACAGUUGGAGAACAGAAAGACAAUUCUCGAAGAAGACAUUGCCUCCAUAACACUGAAAGCUGAUUACGAGCCUAUAAAAAAAGAAGCCAUGAACGAGCUUGCAGUUUUAAAUAGAAGAUUAAUUCAAGAUGUUAAUAGUAAUAAGGCUUAUUAAAUAAGAUGUAUAAAUAUAGUAAAGAGUGUACGUGUAUUUUCAACAACCUUUAUUUUUCUUUCCUUACCAGCUAAGCGAAGCCUAUGGUAGGAAUUACUACGCCGGAGAUCAAGUCUACACCCUUUUUGGAUUUGACUGCACU